AACCCAGAAAAUAAAAUAAAAUAACCAAAAUAUUUCCAACCAUACUGAUUUUUUACUUCUGGGUUCUGUAAAAUGUCGGCUAUUAGCGCCACCACAUGCCCAGCUGACAUAGAAUCGGCCGACAAUUCCGCUGCUGCUGCUGCUGCUGCUGCUGGUAGUAGCACUAGUCUCCGCCGCCACCGCCGACGCCGCCGCCGACGGAGGCCGAGGCCAUCCGUAGCAGCCAGCAGCGAGACGACAACUGACGGGAGCUUUCGCUUCUCCGACACCGAGGACGACAGCCGUUCGUUGCAUUCGCAGCUUGGUGGGUCGUACGAGGAAUGCCGGUUCUCGACAGAGUCGGAGGGUAUUUCGCUGCCGAAAAAGCAUAGCAGCCGAAGAGGGUCCUCUACAGUUUCCGAUGAAGAGGAAGAAGGGAUGGUGGAUUUGGAGAGUGGUGAAUUGGAGCUCAAAGUUCAUAGUAAUAGAGCCAAGAAAAGAGAGUGUAGGAUUUGUCAUCUGAAAUUCAGUGUUGCCAGGAGUGGUAAUGCCGGCGGCGGUGAUCAGAGUAAUAUUAUUGAAUUGGGAUGCAGUUGUAAAGGGGAUUUGGGUUCAGCCCAUAAGCAAUGUGCUGAGACUUGGUUCAAGAUGAAGGGCAAUACAACUUGUGAAAUUUGCGGUGCCCCUGCAAUGAACAUUGCCGGAGAACAAGCAACUGAGGUGAACAAUGGCACUGGUAUAGCUACUGCAGCAUCAACAGCACCUGUGGUCUUCUCCGAGACCCGAAGUUACUGCCAUGGCCGUCGUGUCAUGAAUUUUCUGCUUGGGUGCAUGGUUUUUGCCUUUAUAAUCUCAUGGCUUUUUCACUUUAAAAUACUGCCAUGAGUCCGGAAGAGCAGCAGCAUCUAUCUGGAUCAGAGCACAAGGAGAUCUUCGCAUGUGUGUAAUAGGAAUAGGCAGUAUAGUUUGCAACAAUCACUGGGAUUUUAUUCAUAGUGUGUAAAUUAUGCCGAGGACUCUGUACCAUUUCUUGCUAAUUGUUACGUAGAUUUUAUGCGAGAGAUGAGAUGAUUUGAUGUGUUGUCCUGGUGACUGAUGACUGAUGACUUUUUGCCUUUUCAGAUGUCGUGUUUAUCUUUA